AUGGCCGACAUCAAUUUCGACGUAGAUGCACUUGAGGACAUGGCGUACAGGGACAUCCAGGCUCUGUGCAAGCGUAUCGGCAUCCGUGCCAAUCAGAAGAAAGCCGUGCUCGUAGAUCUGCUGCGUGACUACCACACCGCACAUGCCGAUGAGGGAGAGACCAAGGAAGAAGAAAACAACGAAGAGCAGAACGAGCAGGAACAGUCCGAAGAAGCGGAGGAAGACAAGGGGAAGGAGAGCGAGGAGCACGAGGAAGAAGAGGAAGAGGUCAAGGUGGUAGUGGAGGAGGUCAAGCCCAAGCGCGUGGCCAGGCGCAGGAACCGCCAGCCCACCACCGUCGUCGAAGAGGCGAAGGAAGAGGUGGCGGUCGAAGAACAGGCCGCCCCCGAACAAGAACAAGAAGACGAGGCUGCGACCGCCCCGCAGGUCUGCGACAACAGCUUCGCCAACAUGCCCCACGGCGACGUCAGUGGCGAGGUCGUCUACGAGGAGGCGGAAGAAGACAUGGUGCAGCCUGACGAUGAAGAUGAAGAUGAUUGCGAUGAUGAAGAAGACAACAGCCGCGAGGAGGCCGAGUCGGUCGAGGAGGCCAGCAUGGACAGCGCCGUCUCCCUCGGCCUCGAGGAGGACGCCCAGCAAGAGGAUGUCAGCGUGGGCGAGGAGGAGACGGCGGUGACCAUCGACAUCCCCAACAGCAACAGCAACAACAUCGCUCAAGACGAAGAACACGAGGAGGAGGAGAUGGAGUACGUCGACGACGAAGCUGACGACGAGGAGGGUCCGUUCGACGACGGGGCCGACGCCGACAGCAUGGACGAGGAGCAGGAGGGGCCAGCCGAGGGCCACGACGAGGCCAACGAGCAGGACGGUCUCCGCGAGCCCGCGAUGGACGACGAAGAGGAGGAGGACGGGGACCAGGAUGGGAGGCCCGCUGAGGAGUCGCUCGAGUCCGUCGAUGAGAUGAUGCUCGAGGACGAGGCGAACCACAACGCCCAGCAGCAGCAGCAGCAAGAAGAAGAGCAGCAGGAGCAGCAGGAGGCCGCCGUCGAGACUGCCGAGGAGGUGGCGUGCCAGCCGCAGCCCACUGCCUCUGUCGCCGUCGCUGCCGUCAAGACCUCGGCCCCGGCCUCGCCCGUGGUCUCUGCGUCCGCUCGAGCUCAGGUGCGAGCUGCGGGUUCGCUGUCGGCCCAGGCCCCGACCGGCAAGCGGGUGGCCAAGCGCCGCCUGUCGAUGGCGCCUCAGCCCUCGGUCGCGCGCCCCACCAUCUCCUCCAUGCGCCGGUCGAUGGCCGCCGCCGCUGAGAUGACGGCCAAGAAGCGACCCGCGCCGGCCUCGGCCUCGGCCGCGCCGCCCGUCAUCACCACCGCCACCGCCGUCAUGCCUUCCUCCAGGCGUGCGUCCCUGGCGCCGUCGGCACUGUUGGCCAACAAGGCUGCCCCCGCCGCUGCGGCUGGAGCUCCGUCGCGCCGCAUGUCGCUGGCUCCCAGCUUGGCCAGAGCCGGCCAUGCCGCAUCGACGCCCGUGCGGCCUACCACCACCGCCACCGGCCCCGCGCGCCCGUCGGCCUCGCUGAGCGUGGCCGCCGCCCCGAGGCAGGCUACCCCGAUGCCCGCCGCCAAGCGGCCUGCCAAAGGCCCCGCGGCGUCGGCUCGUGCCCUCGCCCAGACCUCUUCCGCCGUCGCGGAGAAGCCCAAGCGCGUCGACUUUGACGCCGCGCACGCCAGGGAGUUCAACAAGAAGGAGGGCAUCACCGACUACGUGUCGCGUAUGAAGAACAAGCUGGGCCAGAGCAAGCAGGCCAGCCCGGCCGCCGCUGCCGCCCCAGUGCGGGCCGCCCCCGCCGUGACCACCUCGUCCGGCGGCCUGGGCAUCCCCGCGCGUCUGCUGCAGAAGAAGCGCAAGGACCGCGAGGAGAGCGAGAAGGAGAACGACGUGGCCGCCAACGGAGCCGUCACUAGGGCCGGUGACCUGCAGCAGCCGACUCUCAAGCGCCCCCGGGCCAGCAUCAGCCACCACGUCGCCCGCGGUGGCACCGUGUCGCAGCCCACCACCCCCUCGGCCGUACGCACGACCGGCAGCCACCGACUGGUGGCCGGCCAGGAGGCCGCCAUCGACUCGCGCAAGCGCCGCAUGUCCUAUACGCCGCACCGCGGCCCGCUGCCGGCCUACCCGCAGCAGCACUCGGCCGCCACCGCCGCUGCCGCGCCUCUCCUAUCUACGCCUGUCUCUGCCGAGGCGCUGUCGACGGCCAUCUCUGCUGCCGUCGCAGUCGCCGUGGCGUCGCCCGCUCGCGCGCUGGUGUCGCCCAUGCGACCGGUCGGCACGCGCGUCCUCCACCGCAGCCGCACCGCCGAUCUGCUCGACGAAGAGGCCACCCUGCUCGAAGUGCUCGCGCCCGCCACCACUCCGAUCAAGCGGCGCCGGCUCGAGCUACCCGAAGCCGAAGCCGAGCAGGACAACAACAGCAACAGCACGACCACCGUCAUCGCUGAGGCCGCUGCCGUCAUCAACGAAGCGCACGCGCUGGACACGAUGAUGCCGCUGGAGGUGGGCGAGGAGGACCAGGCGACCGUGCGACCGACCAAGCGCGAGGGCUGGCGAAGUGUCGAGCGCAAGAACGGACCACGAACGGAGGGGCGCAGCCAGAACAGGCGGCACACGGUGGCGAACAGGCGCAUCCUGGCCCUCAUCGCGGAGGAGGCUCAGUAG